GAUCAUGGCUUUCGCUAUUUUUACUACUUUUAGUUGAAACCACUUUUUUUAUGCCAGAAGCUUUAGAUAAUGUGGUAACUGAUUCAGUACUUUCUCUUUCAGUAUACGUCGUUGGUGUUGUUAAUCUUCUUUUGGCAUGUUUUUGGUUUAAGAACUUUUGUAUUUCUCUUUCUAUACUUUUAAAUAAUGUGGUAACUGAUUCAGUACUUUCUCUUUUGGUAUACGUCGUUGGUGUCAUUAAUCUUCUUUUGGUGUGUCUUUGGUUUAAGAACUUUCAUAAUGUGGUACCUGAUUCGGUACUUUCUCUUUCGGUAUAUGUCAUUGGUGUCGUUAAUCUUCUUUCGGCGUGUCUUUGGUUUAAGAACUUUCAUAAUGUGGUAACUGAUUUGGUACUUUCUCUUUUAGUAUACAUCAUUGGUGUCGUUAAUUUUCUUUCGGUGUGUCUUUGGUUUAAGAACUUUCAUAAUGUGGUAACUGAUUCGGUACUUUCUCUUUUGGUAUAUGUCGCUGAUAAUAUGGUAACUGAUUCGGUACUUUCUCUUUUGGUAUAUGUCACUGGUGUCGUUAAUUUUCUUUCAGCGUGUCUUUUGUUUAAGAACUUUUGUAUUUCUCUUUCUAUACUUUUAAGUAAUCAUCAUAAUGUAGUAACUGAUUCGGUACUUCUCUUUUGGUAUACGUCGUUGUCGUGUCUUUUGUUUAAUAACUUUCGUAUUUCUCUUUCUAUACUUUUAGAUAAUGUGGUAACUGAUUCAGUACUUUCUCUUUUGGUAUACGUCGUUGGUGUCGUUAAUCUUCUUUCGGCAUGUCUUUGGUUUAAGAACUUUUGUAUUUCUCUUUCUAUACUUUUAAGUAAUCGUCAUUGGUGUCGUUAA